GGGCGGAAUAUGUUGUAAAUGUCCUUUACUUGAAAAGAAAAGAAGUCUGUAAGUAGAUGCCAAUGUGUCUGGUUUGUCACCUUUACAUCAAAGCUUAAAGGAGCUAUUGUUUAAAUUUCUUUUUAGGCUAACCUUUCAUCCUCUGACAGGACUUUUGUAUAUUUUGGUGACACAGUAGUGUCCAUUCAGUGUUCCCUUCCCAUUUGGGCAGCCCCACUAGUGGUGUGGCUGCAGUGGGAACACUAGGUGGCAAGGCUUUUGUAGCUGUAGGUGUAUGAGACCACCAUCACUUAAACCUGUUUUGGCUAGGGUUCCAUUAAUCUAGAAAAUAUUCAUGGUGACCUUUAGAAUUUUUUUCCUAACAUAUUUAAACACUAAUAAAAACUUUCUUUGUAUCCUCAGCCCAUCAGCCAUGGGUCCCUCCCAAAUAUCUUUUGGUUUCCCUUUUCUAGCAUUUCCAGUUGAUCUCACUAUUAUUGGAGCUGAAGUGUCAGCAGGUGGAAAAUCCUUGCCAAGCUAGCGUAAUGUGGAAACAGCUAGGUACUUUGCUACUCUGGAGAUUCCAAGAGGAAGAAGAGAUGCCAGAUGUAGAAAUUGACAUUGAUGACCUUCUUGAUGCAGCUAAUGAAGAGGAAAGAGCUCUUAAAUUACAGGAAACUCUUGUAGAUUGCUACAAACCGACAGAGGAGAAGUAUCUGAUGGAGCAGCAUCCAACUGGUAUCCAGAAUUCAUUGGAGGAAUUUAAACACGAAGUUUGGCCCAAUGAUCUCAGCUAAACAGCGUCUUGCAAUCCCAAAUGAGAGGAAUUUAUCAAAGAGCUGCUAACUCGGAUAAGAGGAAUGAGGAAGCUCAGCCCCCCUCAAAAGAAAACUAUAUAACUACUUGCCAUUAGCACUCCACAACAGACAGCAAGGGAAAUGGGACUUCGACUACAAGACUCUUAUUAAAAUAGUUGUCUUUCUCUGCAACGUUUUUUGUUUCAUUCAGUUUUGACUCUUAUUCAAGGGAGUUCUCAUGUAUUAAGAUUUUUUUUUAGGUCUCUUUUUUUUUUUUUAUCAAAGAUUCCAACAUUUUGGAUGCUGGUCAAAUAUCACAUGAGGAUUAUCAAAGCAGGAAGAAUCCAGGAAUUAGUGACUGCUUCAUGGCAAAAGAUGCAGCAAUCGGAAGAACUUAUAAACUUACAGAGCUAGGAGACUUUUUUUCCCUUGCAGCUAGUUGGUAACACUUAUUUUUAAAGUUGGUUGUACAUUUAACUCAUGGAUGUCAAGUUUUCUCAUGCUUGUAUGUACAUACACUAUUGGGUUGUGAAUACUGUUUCACAUGACUGGAAGGAAAGUUUGUGACAGUAAACUAUUAAUUGUGGUUAUUGCAAAUUUGUUAUGAAAAAAGCAACAGUAUAGAUUACUGAAAUGAGUGCUACCAUCUUCUAAAUACAUUUUAAAACAGCAAAGUGAAAAACUUUGGCGUAUCUUCUUAGUCGGAAACUGACGUGAGAAAUGGGGAAUUUUUUAAGGGCUUAAUUUGUAGACUUUGAAUAAUUUUAUUGACUGAUGCUUUGCCAGAUCAUUUCCUCUCCACCUUGUGGUGUUUUUAGAAUUGUAUUAACCUACUUCAGGGGUCAGCAACUUAUGGCCUAUGGAGCCUUUUGGAUCUGGCCUGCGGAGCUGUGGCUUUGGCAGCCUUCAGUGGUGGUAGCGGGUGGGGGCGGGGGGCCUCUGCCUGUGCUGCAGCUGGGCACCCAGGGCUUGGGGGAGCUUUCGCUUCACUGUGCUGCAGUUAGUCUGCAGGGGCUCCAUCAGAGGGGAGCUCUUCCUGCACCUACAGUCAGGCAGUGGGAAGAAGUGGUGGAGGUGACUGGGUCCCCGUACCUGCCCAACUCCGACCCAAACUGGGUCAUUCAGGCCCCUUCUGGAAAACAUUGCUGACUUCUGCCCUGCUUUCUAAGGGCCUGGUGUGAUAUUUAGAGAAAUGUACAUCACCCUUUGAAAGAUGCUUCAUAAUGGGGAAGCAGGGGGGAAGCAAGUGCUACCUAAACAAACUAAAAGCAGUUAUCUUGCCUUCAGUUAUGGGGUUUAACCAAACAGAUUCCUCUCUUAGUGAAGUAGGUGAAGACCAUUUGUUUUAGAGCUCUGUUGUUGGAACGUGGGCGGGGUGGGGGGUCUUGUUAGCUUUGAGUCCUCGUUAUUUGUGAAAGCAAGAAGAAAAUUAUUUCAAGAGAUCAUUGUCUCUCUCUUCUGGAAAAUGUCUUUAACUAGGAUAACUCCAUAAGCUACCAUAUGCCGGUAGAUGACAGUAGUCAGGCAUUUUUUUUAAUCAAGGGUGCUCUGAACAUAUUUUAUUUUUAAAAGAAGUACAUGUUUGUGAAUUUUAUGUAUACUGGCAAGCUUUUUUUAAAUGUAUUUAAUUUUGUAAUGUUUAUCAACAAUUUUAUUUACCAGAUAUUUACCCAAAUAAAUGGAACAACUUGUGA